AUGGGAGACUACGACGAGGAAACCGCUUUUCUCGGACAAACGGGUCCUUAUUUUUGGACCACCUUCUUCCUAUUAAAUACAGUUUUUGUGUCAACUGGAUUCAACGGACUUUACAUCAUCUUUGCUGGAGCAGCUCCGAAACACCAUUGUUUCGUUCCGGACGUCAACUUGACUGAGGAGUGGAGAAGUGCCAUCAUCCCCUUGACAACCGUGGGGAGUGAAAAUGUUCAGAGCCAGUGCAGCCGAUAUAAACUAGAUGUGGUUAAAAAUCUCUCUGAUCACGGAUAUAAUCCUGGGAAGGACGUUAACCUGACUGAUCUGCAGCAGGAAGGAUGUUUAGAUGGAUGGAACUACAGCAAAGACAUCUACCAGUACACUAUUGUCACCGAGUGGGACCUUGUUUGUGACAACAAAUGGAAAGUUCCAUUUGCAUCCUCAACGCUUUUUGUGGGAUACCUUCUGGGGUCCCUAAUCUCAGGGCAAUUAUCAGACAGGUUUGGAAGGAAGAAGGUGGUCUUCAUUUCUCUUGCGGCCCAGUCUGUCUCUGUUCUCCUUCAGUCAUUCUCUCAGUCGUGGAGGAUUUUUUGCAUCAUGUUCCUCUUUGUUGGAGCCUCUCAGAUAUCCAUCUACAUUUCUGCAUUUGUUUUAGGUACGGAGCUGUUGAGUAAAACCAUGCGAGUCCUCUUUACAACUCUCGGGGCCUUCCUUUUUUAUUGCAUCGGUUACAUGACUCUUCCCUGGAUCGCAUACGGCAUCAGAGAAUGGAGAACGCUGCUCGCCGUUCUGUCAGCAACGUCUGUGGUGUACAUCCCAUUAUGGUGGUUUAUCCCAGAGUCGCCUCGGUGGCUGAUCACUCAGGGAAGAGCGGUGGAGGCCGAGGCCAUCGUGCGAGCUGCUGCAAGUAAAAAUAAAGUGCAGGCACCACCUGUGAUCUUUAAAGAAUCUGAGAUUAUGGAAAUGCCUCCUGGCAGGAAGUACACCAUGAUUGAUAUUCUGAAAUCCAACAACCUCAGAUGUAUUACACUGAUGUGUCUUCUUUUGUGGAUGGCAAUAAACAUUGGAUAUUUUGGCUUGUCCCUGAAUACUUCCAACCUGAGUGGCAACCCUUUUAUGAAUUGCUUUUUAUCGGCUAUUUCUGAAGUCCCUGCCUAUAUUGUGUCUACUUGUCUGCUGAGAAAAUGUCCAAGAAGAAUCCUUCUGUCCACAUUCCUCACAAUCGGAGGAGGAGUUCUUCUGCUCAUCCAGUUCAUCCCAAACACGAUUCAGUAUGUUGCUCUUGCGCUCGAAAUGACGGGGAAGUUCGGCUUCACUAUGGCCUUCACAAUCGUGUACAUCUACACUGCUGAGAUCUACCCCACUGUACUCAGGAACGUUGGCAUGGGAAUGUGCUCCUCGGCCGCUCGAAUUGGCAGCAUCACAGCUCCUUAUGUCAUCUAUUUAGGCACAUAUAAUAAGGUUCUGCCUUAUAUUUUAAUGGGAAGUCUCACCAUCGCCUCUUCAGUGGUAAACUUUUUCCUCCCAGAGACCUUCAAUAAAGAUCUUCCAGAAACAGUGGAGCAGAUGCAGAAAUGUCGAGGGUUAUGUGGCAAGUCCAAAAAGAAAUGUGUUCAGAACGGAGCAUUGAGGAAACAACCCAUUCUACGAGAAGAAAAGUCUGAAGUGCAAACACUUUGUCUUUAG